AUGGGCAACUCAUCUUUCCUCGGCUUUGUUCUUCUGGCUCUGUCCUUGACGGGAUCUGCCACUGCCGCCUUCGGAAUCAACUGUCGAGGAUCUGCAAACUGCAACACAUUCGGCGACAAUCAAAUGGCAAUUCAACUUACCCGCGCGAUUGAGGGAAUUGACACAAACCGGUGGUACAACAAUGGGGAGCAUAUCGCCUGCAUUGGCUCCGGUGCUCGCAUUACCGGAAAUGGUGGCUUCUGUGCGUUCCUACAGGGUACCGGUGGUACCAACGGUGGCAAGAUCAAGGAGCUAGCUCACUAUAUCCCGGAGCAUGGUUGCAAAACAUGCGGAAGCGUUCCAUACUUCUACCCUGGAGACAACAAUGUUGACCAUGGGCAACUUACAUACAACUACGUCUCCAACGCAUGCACCAAGGAUGGUGCUCGACUCUGUUGA